AAUGCCGGAGGAAGCACCCGAACAAUCUUCUCAACAAGAUGAAGAAAAGGCAGAAGUUUACUUGGAGAAAACCAGUGAUUAUUACCGAGUGAGCAAAAAUUUGCCAACCAGGUUCAAUAAUCCUGGGUGGUUUCGGGGCUACAGGACUAAGGAAACUCAUCCACUGUACAGGACAACUAACCAAAAUUAUGGUAGCAGAGCACCUACUGUACAUGAAAUGCCAAAAAGUUUUCAUACCACACAACAUACCUUUUCUAAACAUUAUGGAGCUUGUGGGAUGUAUAGAAGUAAUGGUUUUAAUGUCUUCACUGACAAGAGCAUUGUGACAGGCCCUGAUAAUUUCAUCACGUAUUAUGAUCGACUGAACUUCCAUCCCAGUUACAAUGCUAGCAAACCAUCAAUCUGUGAAUAAUGAGCACAUCCUCCUCUCUUAAUGGUACUCCUGUUUCUACAUUGCAAUAUUCUGAACAAUCAGUGUAAUCAGUUCCUGUUCGAAUGACUGAUUUUUUUUUUUUUAAAGUAUGGCUAUACUGAAGUUUCCCAAGAAUUUCUGCAUAUUUGUGAAGCACUAAAAUGAACAAAGCACCAAUUAUCUCCUAUUUUUAACUUCAUUGUUAUUUUGGGUAUAGAAGAAAAUAAUCUUAUACUAAACAUUUUGACUAAGAAUCAAUAGAAAUAUACUGAAUUUGAGGACUUGACUGAAAUGAAUAAUCAAGGCAUAAGAUCUUACACAGUGCUUGGUUCUUCAGUUAAUAAAUGGA